AUGGAUCGUCUGCCUCGUGAACUCAUCGACGCGAUACUUCAGCAAUGUAUAAUAUAUGGCCCUAAGAAUGCGGUUCUCAAACUUCGACUUGUAUGCCGUGUUUUUGACCAGAUCCUCAAGCCAUUCGUAUGUCGCACUCUGGACCUUGAGUUUUCGCGACUGAGUAAAACGAGCGGCGAGACACCUCCCCAAAUGGAUGCGCUACAAACCAUCGGAUAUCACUGCAAGAGUCUCUAUAUCGACCUGAUGGUUCUACGGGAUGACAUGGAAGUUGAGUUUCUCGAUACCGUUUUCGCACGAGUUCCAUCCAUGACAGACUUUUGUCAAACGCUACACAAAAAGUACUGCAUGAAUGAGACAUCCUUUACCGAGACAGAUUACUACCGGACCGUCGAGGAAAUGCUGUUCUACUGCCGGGAUGUUGACCGUCUGCGACUCAACCUCCCCUUCCAGCUUGUCGGCCGUCAUUGUACCGCCGCCACCAUGAUCCUGGCCAACACGCUGAAGGCGUUUGCGCGGCGACCCGAAGAGGACUCAGCAAAGCUCAAUACUCUCGUGAUAGAGAACGUAACCGACGUUGCGAUACGCCACCUGUGGAUGAACCCGAUCGAUGUGAUGAAUAUCAUGAAAGUCUUGGAGGUGCUGGAACACCUCGUUUUGACAUUACGACGACACGAAAACGAACCUAUUACUGUAGGCUUAUUUGGAUCUUGCCUAUGGAACCUUGUUGAGAACGCGGGGGAUUUGAAGAGCCUUUGCUUGAUUGGCAUGGACCACGAUGAUCGUCCCCCUCGAGGGCUGAAGCAGACAAAAUUCUGGCAGAUGCCGGCUGACGAGUGGCGCGCCAAAUCAUUACCUGCGCCAAAUGUCAUACACUCCAACCUGACAUGUUUGGAACUCAAGCGAAUUGAGUUGUGCCCUGAGGUGUUUGUCCGCACGGCAGAGAACUUUGGGCCCACGCUGGAAGAGCUUUACUUGAAUGAAGUCUACCUCAAGGUUGAGCAGUCUCGAGAUUGGAACGAGGACUCUAAGAAGAUUCUCUGGGUCGGACUGCCCAACCAGCGCCCAGGAGAGGAUUGCCAUUGGAUUGCCAUGGCGCUAAGAUGCGCUACACCUCACUUGAGAAUUUGUCGAGCAUCCUUUUUGGCAUAUGAUCACUACAUGCUCGAAGAUAUGCCCAGUCAGCCAGAAUUUGAUCUGGCAGACCCUUGUGGCCUUGGCCGAAGUAUCUCUCAGCGUUUUGUUGAAGUCGUCAUGGGUAUCCGCCAACCCACAGCGCUUACCAAAGAUGCUGUCGAGUAUUUACCUGCAGACACCCACUUCGACAGUCUCGUGAACAACUUGCGGCCACGGGACCGUGCUCUGGGCGUAGUAGAAUACGACACCAGCGCAUACCAGACAGCUGUCAACAACUCAACAUCAGAAUGGCAACGUAGCAUCGACGGCGUUUUCCCUAAUUGCAAUUCUAAUACUCUCGACGAGCUACACUACAUCGCCGAGACAGCAUGCCAGGGCAUGAAUGAGAUACAUCGGAGACGCAACGAGUGGACAGCUGAAAAUAGUAUGGCGACCGAAUACUCAGAGAAUCUAUUUAGUAUCCCAGCCUCUGACGACGAACACGCUUGA